UUACCCCAAUCCGUAACAAAUUUCACAAAUCCCUUCCUAUAUAAACACCCCAUUGUAUUCAGUGCCGAAAAUAUCUUCAAUCUCUUAUCGCUCUCUUUCCCCAAUUCGAUCAUGGCCUCUUCUGAUGUUGAAUACCGAUGCUUCGUCGGCGGUCUUGCCUGGGCCACUGACAGCGACGCCCUUGCCAAAGCCUUUUCGUCCUACGGCGAAAUCACUGAUUCCAAGGUUAUUAAUGAUCGUGAAAGUGGAAGAUCAAGAGGAUUUGGAUUUGUGACUUUUGCUACCGAGAAAUCGAUGAGAGAUGCAAUUGAAGGGAUGAACGGUCAAGAUAUUGAUGGCCGUAAUAUUACUGUGAAUGAAGCUCAGUCCCGUAGUAGAGGCGGUGGAGGAGGUGGUGGUGGAUAUGGUGGAGGUGGCGGUGGUGGAUAUGGAGGAGGUGGCGGUGGAUAUGGCGGUGGUGGCCGUCGUGAAGGUGGAUACAACAGAAGCAGUGGUGGUGGAGGUUAUGGUAGUGGAGGAGGAGGUGGUUAUGGUGGAGGAAGGGAUCGUGGAUAUGGUGGUGGCGGUGAUCGUGGUUAUGGUGGUGGAGGUGGUGAUAGGGGAUAUGGUGGUGGUGGUGAUCGUGGAUAUGGUGGAGGUGGCUACUCACGCGGUGGAGGUGGUGGUGGAAGCGGUGGAAACUGGAGGGAUAGGGAUUAGUUAAUGAUUUCUUAGCUUUUGGAUUUAUGGUUAUGAUUUCUUACGUGUUACUUUAGUUGGUUGAAUCUAUAGGUUUAAUUGCUAUGUUUUCUGUUAUGGUUACGAUUAUGUUUAUGGAUUUUAGUGUUCGUGUUACUCGUUUUUGUUCUUCUGAAUCUGAUUGUUACGUAUGAACGAUCAAUUGAAAGAAUAAUGAGAAAUUGAGUACAACAAUUUUUUACAUA